CACGCUUCCCGCGCACUCCGUCCGCGAUGGGGCUCGACGCGAACCUCGACGAUUACAAAAAGAUCCCGAUGCCCAUGGUUCCCGGCCUGGGCGUCCCGAGCGAGCUCCCGACCGCGCGUCCGCGCACGCAAGGCCUGCGAUACGUCUGCGGCGUCGCCGGCCCGUUCGAGAACCGCCCGGGCGCGGGGAAGCCGUCGUCGCCGUCCGAGCGCGUCGCCGACCUCGCGCGGCGGCCGGACCCGAGGUGGGCGGGUCGCGAGAACCGCGCGACGACGACGACGACGACGACGACGAUGACGACGACGACGACGACCGCGACGCCGUCGCGCCAGCCCGCGUGGCUCAAGUACGACAGCCUCAAGCUCGGCUUCCACGGGUACUUCGAAGACCUCGAGAGCACGGUGCGCACGGGCAUGCGGCGGAUCCGACGCUGCCACAUCACGUAUCACCUCGAGGACGACACCGUGGACGUCCGCGAGCCCAAAGGGGUCAACUCCGGGAUCGUGCAGGGUCAGAUUCUGCACAGGAUCAAGGCGACGAGUCGCGAGGGCGUCGCGCUGAGCCCGUUGGACUUUGUCGUCGGGAAGCCGAUCGAGAUUUUCUCGCGGACGUACCACGUGUUGGGAUGCGACGCGUUCACGCGCGGGUUCGUCUGGAAGGAGUUUGGCGUCGAGCUCGGCCCGGAGCUCGCGUUCCCAGAGGAGAGGGACCCGCCGCCGCCGCGGGAGGCGUUCCCGUCCGCGCCGUCGAUAACUGCCGCGUCAGCGCCGUUAUCCUACGCCGGGCGGGAGACGAAUAAGACGAAGAAGGACGCGGACGCCGUCGCGAAGAAGAUGCAUCAGAGCUGGGGGCUCAAGGAGAGCGAACAUCUGAAGGAAUCCGCGGGGCGGCAGUUCUUGGAGCUCGACCGGAACGUCCUUCGCUUCUUCGCGACCGCGCAGCCGCCCGCGGGGAGCGACGACACGACCGGCGACACCGGCUUGAGGACGUUCAUCUUCCACUACUUCCUCGCGGACGACACCGUGGAGGUGUUGGAAGUCAUGGGCCGGAACAGCGGCCGCGAGCCGUUUCCCAAACUUUUACGGCGACAAAAACUCCCCAAGCACGGGAGUUACGGCGUCGGCAUCCGCCCCGCGUCCGAGGACACGCUCCGGAAGCGCUCGGAUAACACCUACCACUGGAGCGAACUCCGCGUCGGCGACGUCGUGAACGUGUUCGGCAGAGAGCUCACGCUGAGGGACUGCGACGAGCACACGCGGGGGUGGUACGAGGAGAGACUCGGUCUGACUGCGGCGGACUUCUCCGCGAUGCCGCCGCCGCCGGGACCGCCGUCGGUGCCGCGCAUGCCCCCGCCGCCGAACCUCUCCGGGAUCGGCUCCGAGGAGGACUCCCUGCAGUCGUGCUUCCACCUCGUCCCGAAGCCGCAGAAGACGGUCGACUUCAACGAGUGGGCGCUCAACCAAGGGCAAGUCAUGCGGUUCACCGCGAGCUUUUCGGACUCGACCGGGGAGAAGCCCGAGUUUGGGAACCCGUCCAAGCCUCUGGACCGCGCGCUCGUGGUGUCGUACUUCCUCGAGGACCACAGCGUGAGCGUGUACGAGCCGCCGGUGAAGAACAGCGGCUUACCGGGCGGGGUGUUCAUGAAACGGCGGCCGGUGAAGAAGAACGGCGACAAGGACGGCCCGUGGCUCCGCGCGCGCGACUUUUACGUCGGCGCGACGUUGGAGUUGAGCGGCAGGGCGGUGACUCUGAACGCCGCGGACGAGUGGACGCUCGCGGUGAUGGAAUCCAAACCGAGCGAGUUCCCGAAGAGCGACUCCGCGAAGGUCAUCGCGGGCGCGCGGAGCGUCGUGGGGGCGUCGGGGAAAGACGCGACGGACGCGUUGAGAGCCGCGGCGGCGGCGGAGGAU